AUGCCGCAGCACUGGCGCCGUCGCGAUCUUGUUCUUCAGCAGAGAAGUUGCCCAACAUUGCGUCCCUUCUCCCCUCUGCGCCGGGCCAUAAGCGAGCACGUCCCGGAUCCGAGUCUCCACCCCAGUCUGCCCGUGUCUCCAAGGCUGCUCGAUCGACUUCAAGUUCCUCUCCGGCUAGUGUUUCGAGUCGUGUCCCCGCGUCCGGAUCCUCGAUUGAGGUUCUGUCUGCUGUGGCGGCCGGCCAAACGGCUGAACGGUCCGCGUCAUCUCUCUCUUCCGCUGGUCUUCCUGGUCAUCUUCCCCGAUCGGUCCGAUCGGCCACCAAGAUGA